GGUGGAGGGGGUUGCACUGCGGUAAUAUGGCUCUUCCUUAGCCAGCGGCAGCGGCCAGCGCGGGGACAGAGCAGUCCUGCCUCUCGGGUGGAGGGUUGUAGGCAGCAGGGGCUCGGAGGGUCGUGGGUACGAGGCAGCGGCGGAUGCGGGAGGAGCGCCCGUCCCGCCGCCUGGCGGCCGCUGGGUCAAAAUGAGCUCCUCAGCGUCGGUCGGGGGCCCGGUCCCGCCGCCGCCCCCGGGCCCGGCCGCCGCGCUGCCGUCAGGUUCUGCCGCGCGGGCCCUGCAUGUGGAGCUGCCGUCUCAGCAGCGGCGUCUUCGGCAUCUUCGAAACAUUGCGGCCCGGAACAUUGUUAAUAGAAAUGGCCAUCAACUGCUUGAUACCUACUUCACACUUCACUUGUGUAAUACUGAAAAAAUAUAUAAAGAAUUUUAUAGAAGUGAAGUGAUUAAGAAUUCCUUGAAUCCAACAUGGCGGAGUCUCGAUUUUGGAAUAAUGCCAGACCGUCUUGAUACAUCUGUUUCUUGCUUUGUGGUGAAGAUUUGGGGUGGAAAGGAGGACAUCUACCAGCUGUUGAUUGAAUGGAAAGUCUGUUUGGAUGGACUGAAGUACUUGGGUCAGCAGAUUCAUGCCCGCAACCAAAAUGAAAUAAUUUUUGGACUAAAUGAUGGCUACUAUGGUGCUCCAUUUGAACAUAAGGGUUAUUCAAAUGCUCAGAAGAAUAUUCUUAAGGUGGAUCAGAACUGUGUUCGCAAUUCUUACGAUGUCUUCUCUUUGCUACGGCUUCAUAGAGCCCAGUGUGCAAUUAAGCAGACUCAGGUAACUGUUCAGAAAAUUGGAAAGGAAAUUGAAGAAAAACUAAAACUCACAUCUACAAGCAAUGAGCUGAAAAAAGAAAGUGAAUGCCUGCAAUUAAAAAUUUUGGUGCUUCGCAAUGAACUGGAAAGACAGAAGAAAGCUUUGGGACGGGAAGUAGCAUUACUGCAUAAGCAACAAAUUGCAUUACAGGACAAAGGAAGUGCAUUUUCAACUGAGCACCUCAAGCUUCAGCUCCAGAAGGAAUCCCUAAAUGAGUUGAGGAAAGAGUGCACUGCAAAAAGAGAACUCUUUCUGAAGACUAAUGCUCAGUUGACAAUUCGUUGUAGGCAGUUACUUUCUGAGCUUUCCUACAUUUACCCUAUUGAUUUGAAUGAGCAUAAGGAUUAUUUUGUAUGCGGUGUCAAGUUACCUAAUUCCGAGGAUUUCCAAGCAAAAGAUGAUGGAAGCAUUGCUGUUGCCCUUGGUUACACUGCACAUUUGGUCUCCAUGAUUUCCUUUUUCCUACAAGUGCCCCUCAGAUAUCCUAUAAUUCAUAAGGGGUCUAGAUCAACAAUCAAAGAUAAUAUCAAUGACAAGCUGACUGAAAAGGAGAGAGAGUUUCCACUGUAUCCAAAAGGAGGAGAGAAGUUACAAUUUGAUUAUGGUGUCUAUCUUCUGAACAAAAAUAUAGCACAGCUAAGAUACCAACAUGGACUAGGGACCCCAGACUUGAGACAAACACUUCCUAACCUGAAAAACUUCAUGGAGCACGGAUUAAUGGUCAGGUGUGACAGACAUCACACCUCCAGCGCAAUCCCUGUUCCAAAGAGACAAAGCUCCAUAUUUGGGGGUGCAGAUGUAGGCUUCUCAGGGGGGAUCCCUUCACCAGACAAAGGACAUCGAAAACGGGCCAACUCAGAGAAUGAGAGACUCCAGUACAAAACCCCUCCUCCCAGUUACAACUCAGCGUUAGCACAGCCUGUGACCACCAUCCCUUCUGUGGGAGAGUGUGAGAGAAAGACAGCAUCUCUGUCAUCCUCCUUGGACACCUCCUUGGACUUCUCCAAAGAAAACCAGAAAAAAGGAAUAGAUUUGCAUGAUAGCUUAAAUGAAGACCAUKUGAGCGUGACCACUAACCAGGAUCGAGGAAAAGCCACCUCUGGGCGUCCUACCACAGUAAAUGGCACCCUGCUGCCCGGCGAGGCUGGCUCUGCCGGCGUCCAGCUUCCAGGUGAGUUCCACCCGGCCUCAGGAGCUGAGCUCUGCUGUACCGUGGAGCAGGCAGAAGAAAUCAUUGGGCUGGAAGCCACAGGUUUCACCUCAGGCGAUCAGCUGGAAGCGUUUAACUGCAUCCCAGUGGACAGUGCUGUGGCAGUAGAGUGUGACGAUCAGGUCCUAGGAGAGUUCGAGGAGUUCUCCCGCAGGAUCUAUGCACUCAAUGAAAACGUAUCCAGCUUCCGCCGGCCUCGCAGGAGUUCUGAUAAGUGAAGUGAGCAGACAGACACCAGGACCAGGGCAGCAUCCCUWCCCCAAAUGGGAAAAGCUGCACUUACCCUUUUUAAUAAUUAUGACAAAAAGCAAAUGUUAAUGGAGGAUAUUCCUCAGAGAAACAAACUUUGGGACUAGAGGAGGGACUCAGGAUCAUUGUAUAUCAAUGGGCCAGGCGAAAUUAGAUUUUGCUUUCAGGAUUUGCUUUUUAGCCCUGAUGAUUGUUUUAAGGCAAAAGUCACCCUCUAGUUGAACGAGCUUAUAGCUCGAGUCACCUUAUAGGCAUUUGUCUGCUUUUCAUUUACACAUCUAUGUAAUCCUCAGAGGGAAGAUGAUAAUAUAUAAGUAAUAUAAUGAAC